GCGCACGGCAAAUGCAUGGUGCGGGUGGGCUGGGCCGAGAAAAGGUGGAACGGGCACCAAGUAACAAUGGGCCAAUACAAUCCAUCCUGUCCGCGCGCACUCGUUGGUCGCCAACCAAACAGUAUGCGGUACCCUCUCAAAGAAAAAAACAGUAUGCGGAAGUAGCUGAAGCAGAGUACAGAUACCGAGCUUGAUCGGUUUGCGUUGAUUUGAUCGUAUCCACCUGCCGCAGCACGAGAAAGAACACUGCAGGAAUAUGUGCCAAGGCUGAUUCGCCAAGUAACCGGAGCUCGUAUGUGUCACAAAAGCGUUGUCCUGCUGGCCGAAGUCCAAACUCCAAAGUGCAAGCUACGCAUCGAAUCGUAACUCCAACCAUCACUCUCAGCAUUUUCAAUUGUUAUGAACAAUAAAUGAUAGCAGAUAUAUACACACGCGUGACAGUUCUUUUGCUAAUCGUCUCGGUACCUCGCCAUCAUUCCUGCAACUUCUCAUGUCCAUGUCAACUCAAGAGCAGAGCAGAGCCUGUAGCUAGGAACGUACCCUGUUCGACCUGUACUUUCAACGACGACGACGACGACGACUGAAGAAGGGAGAGGUGGCAUGCUUCCCGCCUUGUACAAGGCGGCGACGCACGGCGACGUGCGGAGCCUGAGGCAGCUGGUGGUGGGCGACGUGAAGAUCCUCAACUCCACGACGCCCCAGGGCAACACGGCGCUCCACGUCGCCGCCCUGUACGGCCACGCCAGCUUCGCCCGCGAGGUGCUCAAGGUCAGCGAGGAGCUCCUCAUCGCCCGGAACGCCGACCACGAUACCCCGCUGCACCUGGCGGCCAAGAACGGCAAACUCAAGGUCGCCGAGCUCAUCAUAGUCCUCGCCCAGGCGUGGCCGGAGGACCCCAACACCGACGACACGCUGCUCAAGAGCCCCCUCAUCAUGACCAACCGCGAGGGCAACAACCCGCUGCACGAGGCCGUGCUCCACCGGAACACCGCCGUGGCGCUCAAGCUCCUGGACGCCGACCCCAAGCGCGCCCACGACCUCAACGAGCAGAGGGAGUCGCCGCUGGGCAUGGCCGCCCGCCAGGGACUCUUCCAGGUGGUCUGCAAGAUCGUCGAGGUCCCCUGGGUGCCCACCGACUUCAUCCAGUCCGUCGGCGGCACGAUUCUGCACCAGGCCGUGCUCGGCGGCCACAACCGAACCGUGGAGAUCCUGGUGGAGACGUACCCGAGCCUGCUGAACCAGACGGACUCCAACGGCAACAACGCGCUGCACUACGCGGCGCAGAAGAACAAGUCGCACUCGGUGGAGGUGUUGCUCGGCAAGCAGGAUGAUCUGGCUUACAAGCCCAACAGCGAGCGGCAGUCACCGCUGCACGUCGCGGCGCGCUACGGCUCGACGGAGGUCAUCAAGGCACUGCUCCGGCACUGCCCCGACGCGGCGGAGAUGGUGGACAGCUGCGGCCGCAACGCCCUGCACGUCGCCGCCGCCGGCGGCAGGACGAGCGCGCUCCGGUCCCUGCUCCGCCGCGUCCGCCCCGUGGAGCUCAACCGCGUCGACGUAAACGGCAACACGCCGCUCCACCUCGCCGCGGAGAUGAGCCACGUCCAGUCCGCGCUGCUGCUUCUCAAAAACCGCCAAGUCGACCCCUGCGUCCUCAACCGCGACGGCCACACGGCCCGCAGCCUCCUCGAGGUCAGGAAGACCCUCGGCCGUACGGCACGCCUCGACGACAUGGACGCCCACGAGAUGUACCUGUGGAAGAAGCUCAAGCACCAGGAGUCCGUCAGGUGCCACAAGCAGCAGAUGCCGGCGUUCGCCUUCAACCGCGACAGCAGGACCUCCAGCCACAAGUACUUCGACCGCAGUGUCGAGACCUACAUCCUCGUCGCCACGCUCAUCGCCACCGUCACCUUCGCCGCCACCUUCACCAUGCCCGGCGGAUACGACCAAACGACGGGCAUCGCCCUCCACGGCCACAACACCGCCUUCAAGAUAUUCGUCAUCUCCAACACCGUCGCCAUGUGCAGCGCCAUCGUCGUCGUCUACUGCUUCAUCUGGGCAUGGAAAGACCCCAUCAAGUUCAAGAUCGAUCAGCUCGUGUGGGGCCACAGGCUCACCAUGAUUGCCGGUCUCGGCAUGCUCGUCUCGCUCAUGACUGCAGUCUACAUCACCGUCCACCCCAAAUCACGGUGGCCCGCCUACGUCGUCAUCGCCAUCGGCGCUAGCACUCCGGCCGUCGUCGUCUUCAUGCUUGGUAGGGAUGUGAUCUUCGUGCCUCUGUAACACUACAAGUCAACAAAAGUGUGCCAGCUGCAUGUACUAAUUUGUAGAUUAAAUUUUAUUGACCUCCAUCAGACCAUGUCAAAGUGAGAAGCCUUCUGAAGCUUGAGACCAUGUAAUUUUAUUUUGAACAUCUCAUAAUAUCUUCAGUUUCCACUGCUA